AUGGGUCUAAUCCGCAAAACCUUCGCGGCCGGUCUUGUAGGCGUCGGCGCUGGCGUCGGCUACCUCACAACUGCCACCACAUUCACAAGCCCGUUGCGAAAGGACGACCCGUUGAUGCAGUCGAGCAUCCUUCGGAAAUUGAACAAGAAUCAAAACCCUGUCCUGUCAGACAUCUGCGUCAAGCGCGUCCCCCUAUCCAAGAUCCGUCCCGAGCUGCGCAACGACGAGGCCGCCCUCAGCACAGAGUUCUGCCGUGCCGUGUGGAGCGGCUGGGCACUCGCGCCCCAGCGCUUUGUUCAGUCAAAGACAUCACACGGCGCCGCGACGGCCGAGCAGCUGUGGGACAAGGCAGACCUGGCCUCAAGCACGUACGAGGUCGGCACGCAGUUCGUGGACCACUUCGAGGUGGUCGAGCGGUCCAGCACCGACGUCAUGGUGCGGGCCGGCGGCUCGCCGCUGGACCAGGGACCGCGGGAGCUGGAGGGCCUGCUCCUGACCAGCGUGCGCAUCGACAGGGCGGCCGGGGAGGUCAAGCUCAGCCUCGCGUCCGUCUUCUUCAAGGGCCAGGAGCGCGUGACGGACGGGUCCGGCCCCGCGCCGUAUCCCGUCGAGAUCCUGCACCAGCUGUACGCGCGCGCAUUGGUGGUCGCAGGGUCGCAGGGCGUGCAGUGA